AUGCCCUCAGUCAUAUCCUACGAGCGCACUAUGGACGCCAGAAGCCCGGCGAUGCUGAAAAAGCGCCCACAUGAUGGAAACUCAAACUCGCCCAAAGAGCGGAAGAAGGCAAAACACCCGAAAACAGACCAGACCGGAUCUGGAGAGGGAAAGAAGAAGAGCAAAAAGAUGCGGUUCAGCACAGAAGCGCUGAGGGUCGUGACAGAGGAAACCGGGGUAAACAACACCAGGACUGGAUUUACGGAAAAGGUUACAAAAGAGCAAGUACAGACUGGCAGCAAAAUCGCCGAAGUACCCAAAUUCAGGUUUCCCUUUUUUACGCAGACCAUAUCUCUAUGGGUACCACUAUACCCAGUUGGCUUUGACCGGCCAAUCUCAAGUGUGGCUGAUCAACAUCUUUCUGGCCUGCUCAACCAUUACUCCCCUAUGCUUGGUGGCUAUUUAUUAGCAUACAACAACGUUAACCUUUCGGAGUCAUCUGUGUGUGUCGACCCAAACAACCCCCCGACCGACCAGUCACCUGCCGUCUUGACAUCUAUCGACGAGUAUGCAGUUGGCUAUGGUUGGAUGACUGUGGACGUCGAUCUCUUUGUACCGAGCCGAGGUGCGUGGCUUGAAGGCACUGUGAUCUUGCAGAACGAGGGCUCGAUAGGUGUAAAUUGCUGGGAAAAGUUCAAUGCCAGCAUCGAAGCGUCAAGACUUCCACGUGGGUGGAAGUAUGUGGACUGCAACGGUUCUUUGGACAAUGGCCACGUGGACAAGGCAGACAACGGGAACAGAGGAGAGGGCGACGAAGAAAAACAAGAAGACGAAAACAAGAACGGGGAGUUGGAAAAAGAUAAAGAAGGUCAACAGCCUCUCGCAGCACAUAUCCAAACGACCGGGCACUGGACAGACGAAACUGGAAUGCCGGUGAAGGGAAGCAUAUCUUUCCGUAUAAAAGACUUUGAUGUUGGAUUGGCCGGUGAUAACGGUUAUCUGGCUAUCGAGGGAACCAUGUUGAGGCCGGAGGAUGAGUGCCGCUUAAUGAUGAGCGAGAGGGACAAAAACCGGACGGCCAAGUCAAAGAGAAAGACAAGGCGACUACCGGAGUUUAGCAUAACGCAAUUCGGGAAGGACGACGAGGAGGAAGAUGAGACGAGGAGCUUGGAAAUUCUCAAAGAAAAUCUCGCAGGAAACAGCUAA